AUGGCUAUCAAUCUAGAGAAGUCGGGCGCUCGAGACGAUGUGCAUCCAUCGGAAGCCUCCAGUGCUACUCAGAAUGAAGUCGCUGAUCCGCCGUUCGAUGAGAAGCUAGAAGAUGAUAAUAGUGAUCAUCAAUUCGAGCAGACCGCGCCUUCACCUCGGGUUGUGCUCACUGAGGAUAUGUGCUAUGAUCAACUGGGUUACUCUUUCACCGAAAGACGCAAGUGGAUGAUUAUCGCUGUCAUCUUCUUGGUCCAGGUCUCCAUGAACUUCAACACUUCUCUUUACUCCAACGGUCUCUCUGGUAUUUCUGAGGAGUUUGGGGUUUCUAUGCAGGCAGCUCGAUGUGGUGCUAUGAUCUUCCUCGUGCUAUAUGCCUUUGGCUGUGAACUCUGGGCUCCAUGGAGUGAGGAGCUGGGCCGCAGGCCCAUCCUGCAGGCUUCCCUCUUCUUUGUCAACGUCUUCCAGCUUCCAGUUGCGCUUGCCCCGAACUUCGCAUCGAUUAUGGUCGGCCGUGCUUUGGGUGGUCUCGCAUCUGCUGGUGGAUCAGUGACAUUGGGAAUGAUUGCAGACUUGUGGGAAGCAGAUACACAGCAGUAUGCUGUAGCAGCAGUUGUCUUCUCAUCCGUCGGUGGAUCGGUUCUGGGCCCGGUGAUCGGUGGUUUCGUGGAGGCAUUCCUACCCUGGCGCUGGAAUAUUUGGAUCCAGCUUAUCUUUGGUGGCUUUGUCCAGAUCAUGCACUUCAUCGUGGUUCCUGAGACCCGAACUUCGGUUUUGAUGGAUCGUAUCGCUAAGAAAAUGCGAGAGAGUGGGGAGAACCCCAAUAUCUAUGGCCCUACUGAGGGCAUGUCUUUCCGAGAACGGUUCCCUCCUCACGAGCUGGUGGCGACCUGGAUCCGUCCUUUCCGCAUGUUCUUGACUGAGCCCAUUGUCUUGACCCUCUCCCUGCUGAGCGGAUUCAGUGAUGCGCUGAUCUUCAUGUUCAUUCAGUCCUUAUCGCUUGUGUAUAGCCAGUGGGGAUUCAACACAUGGCAGCAAGGUCUAGCAUUCAUUCCAAUUGUGAUUGGCUACUUCAUUGCAUGGAUCUCGUGGUUCCCAGUUAUCCGCCGCAAUAUUGCAGAGCGUGCUGCCAACCCAAAUAACGAACGGGCCCAGUACGAAUCUCGACUGUGGUGGCUGCUGUACACCGCACCCUGCCUGCCUAUCGGUUUGAUUGGCUUUGCCUGGACCAGUCUCCCCCAAUGUCAUUGGAUCGGAACUAUGAUCUUUGCCGCAAUUAUCGGUAUUGCCAAUUACGCUAUCUACAUGGCCACAAUUGACUACAUGAUUUGUGCCUACGGUCCAUACUCCGCGUCUGCUACGGGUGGUAAUGGAUGGUCGCGUGACUUCCUGGCAGGUGUUUUGACAAUUCCAGCUACACCGUUCUUCACCAACAUUGGUAGUGAACACCAUGUGGCAUAUGCCUGUACCAUUCUCUUUGCUAUUUCGCUCGUGUUGGUGAUUGCAGUCUAUGUCAUCUACUGGAAAGGUCCGGCCCUACGCAAGCGCUCGCCAUUCGCUCAGCAGCUGGAGGAGGCUCGUCAUGAGAUCGCUCAGCAUGUUCACGAUCGUCGGGAGUCCAAAGUUCCUGAGCAAUCGCGCGCCAAUUCCUACGCUCGAUCUCAGCAGGAUCUCCGUCUUCGUCAGGCCCUUGGCAGCCGUCCCGGCUCUCGCAUCAACUCCCGAGCCAACUCUCGCGCAAACUCCCGUCGCAACAGCGUGAAUAUCUAA